AUGUCUCUCCCUCUCCGACCGAAGGAGCUGAAGGUGGUGAAGCUCGAGAAUAUCCUGAAGGGGAUCGGAUAUCCUUACCACAGUGCGUCCUCCAGAAAUGAGCUUGGCAAUGGUGUCAUGGAACUCCGCAUCGCAAACUGGAAGUCGGACCAGUACACUUUCGACCUGCGCACAACCAACAAGGUUUGCCCCAAAGGAGGCUUUCAGCUUGAACUCACGGACCAGGACAUGGUUGUGACUUUCGUUAUCAAGAACGACUAUCCCUUCGGAAUGGAUGGACUGUGUGAUAACCUGGCCGACAUUUUUCUAGCGCCUGAGGAUCUCGGAAUGUCCGAGGUCAUCGUGGGAAAGGAUGCUGUCAGCAAGACCAUGAAGUCGAAGAAGAAGGGCGCCGACAAGUGGUCCAACUCAUUCACGGUCUUUGGUUGUCAUGUCAAUACCAUGACCGACGACAAAAGUCCUGCCCUGCUGAAAUACAAGUUUCUGCCAAUGAAACCUCUUCACAAGGAUGAGCAAGUCAUCGUCACAAUCAACAAAGACAAUGUCAACUUCCGUGGUGUUGCCCAGUCAAACCUGACCGAAUAUGGAGAGGCCAUGGCUGUACCAAUUCGUAUCUGGCUUUGCACAAAGUGGAUGGCGGAGAAGGCUGGCGGCGCAAGCAAUGAUCUGUUUGGCAAGAUGUCGACCACAAACACCCCCAGCACUGCGCACAGCAUCAGUCCCCAGAAGCCUGAAAAUUUCUCUUCGGAGGCCCCAGAAGGUCAGGGGGAGCAUUCGAAAGUGGUGGACCGUCAAGCGGCGUUGGCGGAGAGUGUUUCUAACCUCGAUGCCGGCGUUGAAAAAAGCACUGAGGGUUUGAUGGCGGAGCUCACGUUCGGUGAUGGCGGUGAUACUGCACUUCAAGACAAAGCAGAUACUCCGGGUCCAGCCUUACGUGGUGACUCCUUUCACCGUGUACAAAUUCAAAAGAGUAAUCCAAUUGCUCUGACUGGGCGACGACUAACCACCGUCCGCAAGCUCACAGUCCCUGUACCCGUGAUACCUCUUAUUCCCACUGUUUUGCGGGCCACCAAUAUACUGUCAUCCGAGACAGCCCGAUCUCACUUCUCACCUCCGACGUCUUCCCCUAGCUCUCCUCUCUUUCCUGUCAUCACUUCUCCAUCGGGUAGAGAUGAGGCUGAGAAAGGGGAUGUGCGCGAAGAGUCAGAGCAAUUGGCCUCACCUAGUGAUCAACCGAUUCUCACUUCGCCAACAAUGGAGGUUGAGUGUGAGCUUCGGUUCCCUGUUUCGGGAAGGGACGGGCUGUGUUUCUCUGACCCCGAGGACUACACCAACUACCGCUUGGUGGCCAUUGCCGUGGAGUUUCCUCGCGAGGAGUCCGCCGAUGCGGUCAGACUGGGCCUGUUCGAGGGGCUCCAGAGAAACACACGUUCGUCCCUUGGGGCCGACUCUGCCUUGUCCUUUGACCUGAUUGAGAGGGGGUUUUCAGCUGACAAGGAGGAAUUCGCAAAGAUUGAUGUCCAGGACUCAGUCUGCUCCGCGUGUGGCACCCGUCUCAUGAAGAACAAGAAUCCAAAGGAGGACAAUCAGUACAUCUCUUACAGACUUGGUCAUAUGUCUGGUACUGGUUCACCUUCGGACAAUGGCGGAGAAGGUCACCACUCACCCCUCGCGACAAUCACCGAGGAAUCCGGAUCCCCUAAAGCCAUGCAGCAGGGUGAUGACCUCAUUUCUGAAGUAGGCAGAGUCCCAACCCUUGCCGAGAUCUCAUAUUCUUGUGCAUUCAUGGGGUGUGGGAAGCUCUGUAGUCUUAUGGACGAAAUGAGUGUUGUCUGCCCUAAGUGCGGACCCUUUUCAACGGUUCUUUACUGCGGCAAAAGGCAUAUGUGGGAUGAUGCCGUAAUGCACUGGGAACAUUGUGGUGAGUCUACUCUCACAUACCAGUGCCAGGCAGGUCCGGUUCCUUUGCAGAUUCUCGUGGGUCCACCCAUGCUGCACAAUGUUCACGGUUUGGACAGCCCUGAACAUCAUCGUCAGGCGCUGUGGUUCAGUUCCGCAUCCAAUCAGGGCGAUUAUUUCGUCUUCGCGGAUUUUGAUCCUUUCCUUCCACGAAUGUUUGGCGCUCCAGCCAGCCACGGGCCCCCUUGUUCAAUCCAUAUCGAUAUCGUGGUACGAUUUGACGACCCCUUAUGGAAAGAUCGCUUCCGUCGGCUGUUGGCGAUGUGCCUAUUUGGGGGGGUUGAAUAUCGUGGGCUCGUUGGCGUUAUUUACCGGUUAAUCCGGGGCUGGAUGCGAUUAAAAAACCUUUGGAAUCGCAGGGUGGGGAACACCUUGGUUGAGCAACUUGAACGCGAGAUGGGGUUCGUCCUCCCUCGCGGUCAACUCUGCCGCCAUGAUGUUCGGGAACAUGAGUGGGAUGGAUCCGACCUGAAACCCUAUGAUGAAGCAACCCAUAGAUUCUGUUUGCCACCAGACCAAAGAUUUCAAGAAAAGAACCUAGAGGUGGGACGAGGUAUCGGCGGACUGUGCGAUGACGAAGAGGCCUCUUGCGUGGCUCUUCGAGCACACCGAACCUACCACCCUACGGUCAGAAAUGUGGUGGCACGAGUCCAUGGUGUUGGUUUUGAGGGUGUCCGAAAUGCGGGCUGGUGUUGUUGGCACCGGGGCGCAGGCUGGGAUGGGCUCGGUGCUCCAUAA